UAUAAAUGGUACUUAUCGAGAUAGCAGUUCAAAAACAGGCAAAGCCGACACUCUUCAUCUAAUGGCAUCUCCAAUUACCAUCUCUGCACCUCUCCAAACUCCCGGAAAUCCAUUGGGAGCACCAUUAAUCUUAUCUCCACGUCUUCCAAUGGCUGGUGCCACACUACUCAAUGGAAGUGCACCACCUCCACACAUUACUCCUACAGAUGCAGGAUUACUUUAUGCUCCAUAUGCAGAUUAUCAUCAGUUUGCGGCAUUAGCAGCAUCUCCACUUUUGGCAGAUUUUGCUGCUGAACAUUCAUCAAGUGGUGCAGUGGCUAAACAAAAGCAUCAUUUGGCUAUACGAGACCAUCCCUACCAAAGGGUUGGCUCUCUCUCUUAAAUUCAUCCAAGACUUCAUCAUCACAUGAUCACCUCCGUAAGCUCCAAGAGUACUACUAACCUGUUGACUACUGAUGUUCAUGUGCCAAUUUAUCAGUUCUGAUCCUCAUGUCAUCUGGAAAAUAGUUUUUCUGUCAUUGUAAACAGGAAAGUGUAGAGCUGCCAUCUUUUGUUACUGCCAGGUAAAACGAAAUCAAAAACAAGUAACCCAAGCACAGUUUUUCUGACUAAUUUUUAAAGUGGAAAAAAAAUAACUUUUUUCAAUUUUUUGGUUAGUGAAGUUUUCUAG